ACACGAGUGGCUUUGCGCUCUGCAAUCUGUUGUUAUAUGUGGUGUGGUCCAGCGCUCUGAGAGUUAUAUUCUCUCGCCUACGAGCCUGCCUACUUGUACACAACAUGACGUCGCCAUCUUGCCGCUGGGUAGCCCACGGCCUAAAGGCCCGCACCUAAUCAGCGCCUUCCUCGACCCGAAAACUACCCAGCAGUCCCAUAUAUGUCGCCGCAUAGAGACGUCUGGCACUGCAAUGCUCCGUUCCGUCACCACGACACAUCUCCCUAGUUCUUCUCUUGUUCCAUCAGGCUGAUACCGUGUCCGUGCGCGACCUGAGCCAGGUCGCGACGUUGGUGUCUUGCACGUGCUCUCCAUCUCCUCUCACAACACCAUAACUGCAAGCAGAGGAAAUGAACCACAGCCGCUACCCGCCCGAGGGCUCCAACUCCCGGGAGCCAAAGGUGGCUAUCCCGAGAAUACCUGGCCAGAAUUAUCAGAUCCCGCCGUCUACACGAACCCCUCGAGCCCGCAGCGAAGUCGUGAGCAAAGCCUGCACUCAGUGUCGCAAACGAAAGAUCAAAUGCUCUGGUGCUCGUCCGCGUUGUGACAAUUGUGACAAGCACCACCAUAGCUGUCAUUAUGAUCUAGAGCGCAAGGACCGCCUCAAAGGAGCGCAGCGUAAAUCGCACGCAUUGACCGAGCUCUUGCUCGAUCUCAGCAGCCAGCUCGACGAGGCGAGCCAGAAAAGGAUUGAGGAAACAUUGGCAUCCUUCGAAGAUGACACGCCUCCUCCUCCACCAACUCCUGCGCUAUCACGUGGUAAGCGGGCAAGGAGAGCUUCAUCAUCUCAUGCCAAUGACGACGCUCGAAGUACCACCUCUGCAGAGGGCGGAGAAGCUCACGUCUCCGCUUCUGUCGGCUCCAACGAAGACCUAGAUUUUGUCCAAGAGGACAUUUUGCGCACCGAAGACGCAGAUAACACGGGCUACAUGGGGCGCAACUCGCAAGUCCAAUGGCUCCGAGCCCUUGAAAGCAAGAUCGAACAUCCCGAACGCGAGUCCUCUGAUUUGCCAUAUGGGCCGCCUGGGGCCGAGGGAGAUGCUUUCAAUCAGCGUGCUAAAGCACUUCGUGGGCGUCAACAGCACGGCGACAACCGGCAAUCUCCCGACAACGACCAGUUCCUCGGCUACUACUUCUAUCUUGACAAAUCCAACAUCGACAUCGAUAUUGGUGACCCACAUGUCAUACCUUCUGCUGAUACGGCCGAUCGUCUUUUCGAGUACUAUAAAGCGGUCGUACAUAGCACAUUCCCAAUCUUAGGUGACAUUUUCGAACAUCAGCUACACGUGUUUUUCACGAGAAAUCAAAAUAGUGCUACAUUGGUCGUAUGUCCAAAGUGGAAAGCUGUUAUGAACCUCGUUUUCGCCAUCGGUGCACGCUACUCACAUCUCAUCGGUGCAGAGUGGCGGGCCGACGACCACGACCAUCUAGUGUAUAUGUGGAGAGCAGUGCAUCUUUUGCAGCUCCAGUCCAUCAAUACCUUAGUCGCCCAACCGGAUCAGACAACGAUACAGGCGUUCGGGCUUCUCUCUCUGUACUAUCUGACGAUUGGACAUGUCAGCAGAGCUUGGUACAUGAUCGGUAUCGCUAUCCGCCAUGCACAAGCUGCGGGUCUGCACCUUAGACACGAAGAUCCUUCCAUGUCUCCUGAGAGGAGGAAGGAUCUAGUCCGGAUUUGGUGGUCGCUCUAUUCGAUUGAAUGUGUCCUUACUUCAAUAACAGGACGUCCUCGCACUGUAAAUGCCAUAGACUGUACAGUACCGCCACCGGGCGCGAAAGGAACUGAAAUGGAGACACCAUUACGUGAAACACCGAUAUCUUCUGCAGUAAGUCGGGUCUCCGAAUCUUCUGCCAGUGGAACCGUACCCAAUGCGAGUGUGGAUCCAUUCGAUGUAGCCUACGUUAGGCUCGACAUUCUUAUGGACAAAAUCCUGUCUGGUCUAUACUCCGCGCAGAAGUCUGCCAAGUCUUGGAAGGCUGCCCAGAAGGGGAUCGCUUCACUAUCUGACGAAUUGGAAGCCUGGGCUUUGCGUUCUCUAUCUCGAGGUCCAGCUGCAGCAGCAGCCGCUACGUCAGGGCACGAUCUGAGUCGAGAGCAGCUGCUACUGUAUCUAUACUACCACAACGCUAAGAUCUGCAUCACUCGGCCCUGUCUAUGUCGGCUGGAUUUGCGCAUAAAGGGGCAGAGCGAAGAGUCGAUUCGGUUCAACCAGAAAACCGCGGAGGCCUGCAUAGGCGCAGCCUUGGAUAUCACCUCCAUAUUGCCAGAUCCCCCAAACCCUGCAUGGUAUUACGAGAACGGUCCGUGGUGGUGUGCUGUCCAUAUGAUCAUGCAAGCCCUUACGGUCCUACUUCUUGAGCUGUCGCUGGACGGUGUCCACUUGACGGUCGAAAAAUCACAUGUCACAUCCUGCGUCGACAAGCUUAUACGAUGGCUAAGUUCGAUGAAAUCUGUCGACGCAAUCAGCGAGAGCGCCUACAAUGCUGUGGCUAGAGUGUUGAACAAGCAGAGCAAACAAGAAGCGGCCCAUCGGCAACUACCUCAGCCACAGCCGACUGAUCAGCAUCAACAACAACACGAUGCACAAGACACGACCCUAGAGAUGCAGCAGCAAUAUCAGUCGUACAGUCAACCUUUUGCAUUGCAACAGUCGGGUGUCAUAUGGCCAACCGCUGAUCCAUCCAAUAGCAACGACUUUUACUCGCAAUCCAACACAGGCAACUUCUACUCCAACGAUGUCUCCGGAAGUGAAUACCUGAACGAUCCUAACGCUGGGUUAAUGGACUUCGGCCAGCCACUGAACUUAUUCUAUGGAAAUCCUUACGAGGCGACUUUCGAUCAAUGGGAAUGGGAUCCGGCGGCGCUUGAGGACCCCGAUCUGGGACAGCAGCGAGGCCCGAGCGGAGAUCAAGGCGGUUAUCAAGGGCACGGGUACGGUGGUAGCUAAUUCGAGUUGUGCGUUGCGUACGUACAGAAGCAUAGUGUAAAAGAGAUGCGGACAUGGGUUGCUUGAUAGCGGUCACUCCAAGCGAUGAAUGGAUAGAUAGCGGCAUUGCUGAUCAAUCAGCACCAGCAGUCUCACUAUACGCCUGUAAAACAUAAAAAAGUAUACAACAUAGUAUGCGAAGGCUUUCUCUACGAGAUUUAGUUUUGCUCCUAAUCCUAAUAGAUAUCAUCCC